GUAAAAACAAGAUGUCGAGCAACGUCCUCGGUCAUACACUUCGCUCUUCGAAGAAUGUCGUGCAAAAGGCGUUCGUCGCGACUUCACCGAACUCCGAUAUGCUCCGAUUCCGUUCUCCAGUUCUUCAAACUAACACAACUAAGCUGGCUCGUUAUGGAGGACGUCACAACGUCACAGUCUUGCCAGGAGAUGGAAUUGGACCAGAAAUGCUCCAUCAUGUCGAGAGAAUCCUUUCAGCAGUUCAAGCUCCAGUAGAUUUCGAAGUGGUUAAUUUGACCUCAAAGGAAGAUGCAUCUGAAGAUCUUGCUGAGGCUAUCACUGCUAUCAAGAGAAAUGGUGUUGCUUUGAAGGGAAACAUUGAAACUAAGUUUGAUAACCCAAGCUUCGUUUCCCGAAACUUGGAACUUCGUCGUCAACUCAAUCUUUACGCAAACGUUCUUCACUGUUCCACUAUUCCAACUGUUCCAAGCAGACACACUGGAAUCGAUAUGGUUAUCAUCCGUGAGAAUACUGAAGGCGAGUACUCUGGAAAUGAGCACGAAGCCGUUAAUGCUCCACAUCCUCGUGUUGUCGAAUCUUUGAAGGUUGUUACUCGCGAAAAAUCGGAACAAAUUACUCGUUUUGCAUUCCAAUUCGCAAAGAAAUAUGGAAGAAAGAAGGUUACUGCUGUUCACAAGGCCAACAUUCAAAAGUUGGGAGACGGUCUUUUCCUUAAAGUAGCCACUGAUAUCGCCAAGGCCGAGUAUCCAGAUAUUGAAUUCAAUGCUAUGAUUGUCGAUAAUGCUUCCAUGCAGUUGGUUUCACGCCCACAACAAUUCGAUGUUAUGUUAAUGCCAAAUCUCUAUGGAAACAUCAUUUCAAACAUUGCUUGUGGACUCGUCGGAGGUCCAGGACUUGUUUCUGGAAUGAACAUUGGAGAAGAUUACGCCGUCUUUGAAACAGGAACCCGUAACACCGGAACCACUCUUGCUGGAAAAGAUCUUGCCAAUCCAACUGCGUUCAUCCGUGCCGCCGUUGAUAUGCUUCGUUUCCUCGGACUUCAAUCACACGCCGAUAUGAUCUCCGAUUCAUUGUUCCGUACGCUUGUUGAUAAGAGAAUUCACACCGCUGAUAUUGGAGGAACUUCUAAGUCAUCGGAACUCGUUCAAUCAGUACUCGACUUCAUCGAGAAGGAGCUCGAGGACCGCAACUACCGUGUCUAAUUUCUACCUGAUAAUCGAAAGUUUGAAACAUCCCACAUAGUGGCUAGCUUUACCCUUACGUUCUUUUCCUCUGUUUUUUUUUCGAUUAAUCCAUGAUUCGUAGCAUAAUGCGUUACUCAUUGUGCUCUUUCUCUGUUUGACCCCGUUGACUGAACGUUUCCGCCUGAUGUCUCUUAUCUUGUUCCUUUCUUCCUCAUCUCUGUACCCACAAUUUUCUUUGGAUUUUAAUUUUUUCUGAUUGUUUGAAUUUUUCUCAUUUCCAGUAUAGUACAAUAUUAUAAAAUUGGUUUAGUGAAA